UCUGGCUAACAGGGAGGAAUGUUCUGAACCAUGUGAAGAGAAUAGCAUACUGUAGCUCAGGGAGGAUUCAUCAUGACAGAAAGCAAAGGGAAUAUGCAGUUGCCAAGACCUUCCUCAAGAUGGAACUUUUAUACCAAGUAAAAAAAAUCCUGUCAAAGGACUGAUGCUGCCCAGGAAGCUUCUGUAAAAAAAACGUGAAAUUGUGUUAGCCAAGAAAUCAAUAUACAAGUUAUUAUAAAAGUUACACAACAUUUAAUGGACUGCAUAACGGCAAAUGCUCUCUUAUUGAUGAAGAAAUACUGUAUAUGGAUUUCCUCCAAAUUAGCUUCCCAGACGUACAGUAAAGCAGGCGAACAGAUUAGACAUACCUUUUAAUGAAGAACACCAGAUGUUCAGAAAAAUACCUCUUAAUUUAUGGCACUGUUGGCUAAAGGGAAGGAAGCGGCAGCGAAUGGCUCCCCAGCAAUCCCCUUAUAUGCUGGAAAUGGCACAACGGAAUGAAAAGAAUAAGUCCUUAUCUGUAACUUAAAGGACCCCCCCUACCCACCCCCGCAGUCGCUGCAGGCUGCUUUACACUUGUUAUCCUCAGAAGACGAUGUAUUUUAAUUAAAAUAGUGCAUUUUCUUUGCCCUUUCUAACCAAAGCUAAGGUCUUCUCAGCAUUUUGUCCUGCCAAGUUCAUCGCACUGAUUAAAUAUUAACCACCGAAAAGCCCUGGGCGCGAUAAUUGCAGAGGUUGUUCAUGGUUGGGAAAUGCACACGGGCUGAGAAACAUACAAAGAAGGAGGGCUAAGGCAAGGAGUGGGGGAGCUGUGAGAAGCAGCGGCGGGACCUAGACUGUCGCGUACUGCUCACUCCAUCACCCUGCCUCCCGUGUGUAGGGAUUUGCCUGCCAGCAUUUCGUGUCAGUGCCAGGGAAGUUAAGGGGAUGCUCUCGCUGCCCAUGGUCAGGGCGAUCGGCUGCUAAGAGGUGGAUUAGAAGGGGAGUGUGAGAGACCAAUCGCCGCCUGUGGGAGUAUUUGUUAUUCACAUGGAGGAGCCCGCUCAGGACUAGCUGCCUGUUUCAGCACCGCGGCCAGCUACAAGUGCGGCUCAGUGGCACCGGGACCAGCCUUGCACUGAGAGGGAGAUGCGGGCGAGAGAUGCUGGGCGUUCCAUUUUUCACGUGAAGGCGACUUCUUCCUGGCGUAUAAAUGAGGCAAUUAGAUGUUGGAAUCUGAGGAGGGAUUAGGAGAGUGUGCCAAUCUGACUAGCGGUGGGGAAGCCACAAGGACUUGCUAAAGUGUGGCUGGAAGGAUACUGUUAUCUAAACAUUCAUCAAAUACGACAUGACUUGGAGACUACCAGUUCCUGAACCUGAACACAUGAAAGAACUACCUGAUCAUAUGAAGUAUCUACUUGCUGUACUGGAUUUAUUGAAUGGAUUAUUUUAACUGUGCUGUGUUGAGUUUGGCUUUGUUACUAUACUCCUACAUUAUGUUAUCUUUUAUUGGGCACUGAUGGUAACAUCUGGAAGGUGCAGCCUGAAAAGACUUAUUUUUUCAUAUCAGAAUUGGAUUCUAAAUUGCAAUAAUGUCGUUGAGAAAAGUAACACACAAAAGCACCCAAUCAACUAUUUGCCCCUGCAUUUUAUUUUUAACAAUGUAUAUCUUGGGAAUAUCAAGCAUGAUGCAAACAACUAAUGGCCAGGAAUAUGCUCACUCCAUCAGGGUAGAAGGGGACAUUAUACUUGGAGGUCUCUUCCCAGUCCAUGCAAGAGGGGAACGUGGUGUGCCAUGUGGAGACCUUAAAAAAGAGAAGGGAAUUCACAGACUAGAGGCAAUGAUGUAUGCAAUAGAUCAGAUAAAUAAGGACUCAGACCUUCUUCCAAACAUUACAUUAGGGGUGCGCAUCCUUGAUACCUGCUCAAGGGAUACAUAUGCCUUGGAGCAAUCUUUAACCUUUGUGCAAGCUUUAAUAGAAAAAGAUGCUUCUGAUGUGAGAUGUGCCAAUGGAGAUCCUCCUAUUUUUACAAAACCUGAUAAAAUCGUUGGUGUAAUAGGAGCUGCAGCAAGUUCAGUAUCUAUCAUGGUUGCCAAUAUUUUAAGGCUUUUUAAGAUACCUCAGAUCAGCUAUGCAUCUACAGCUCCAGAACUGAGCGAUAACAGUCGCUAUGAUUUUUAUUCACGUGUGGUUCCGCCUGACUCCUAUCAAGCCCAGGCAAUGGUGGAUAUUGUGACAGCCCUAGGAUGGAACUAUGUAUCCACUUUAGCUUCAGAAGGAAAUUAUGGUGAGAGUGGUGUAGAAGCAUUCACACAACUAUCCAGGGAAAUUGGAGGUGUUUGCAUUGCACAGUCAUUGAAAAUCCCCCGGGAGCCCAAAGUAGGAGAAUUUGAUAAAAUCAUUAGACGCCUGUUGGAAACCCCUAACGCACGGGCAAUAAUCAUUUUUGCAAAUGAAGAUGACAUAAGACGAAUUCUGGAAGCAGCCAAAAGAAACAAUCAAACUGGGCAUUUUCUGUGGAUUGGUUCAGACAGCUGGGGUUCUAAGAUUGCGCCAGUGUACCAGCAAGAAGAAAUAGCUGAAGGAGCUGUAACAAUAUUACCAAAGAGAGCAUCAAUAGAUGGAUUCGAUAGAUAUUUUCGAAGUCGGUCCUUAGCCAAUAACCGUAGAAAUGUAUGGUUUGCAGAAUUUUGGGAGGAAAAUUUUGGAUGUAAGUUGGGAUCACAUGGUAAACGGAACAAUCAUUUUAAGAAAUGCACAGGGUUAGAACGUAUUGGACGACAUUCCAGUUUUGAACAGGAAGGAAAAGUCCAGUUUGUGAUAGAUGCCGUAUAUUCAAUGGCUCAUGCACUGAAUAACAUGCACAAAGAUCUCUGCCCUGGGUAUAUUGGACUCUGCCCACGAAUGAAGACUAUUGAUGGAAAAGAGCUUCUUAGCUAUAUUCGGGCAGUUAAUUUUAAUGGAAGUGCUGGAACACCAGUGACAUUCAAUGAAAAUGGGGAUGCUCCUGGGCGAUAUGAUAUCUACCAAUACCAAAUGACAAACAAAACAGCAGAAUACAAGGUUAUUGGACAGUGGACCAACCAAUUACAUCUAAAUGUGGAAGACAUGCAGUGGACAAGCAGAGAACAUACGCAACCAACUUCAGUUUGUAGUUUGCCAUGCAAGCCUGGAGAAAGAAAGAAAACCGUGAAAGGAGUUCCCUGCUGCUGGCAUUGUGAACGAUGUGAAGGCUAUCAUUAUCAAGUAGAUGAACUGACCUGUGAACUUUGUCCUUUAGAUCAAAAACCAAAUGCAAACCGCACUGGCUGCCAACUCAUUCCUAUUAUUAAACUUGAAUGGCACUCUCCCUGGGCUGUUGUGCCUGUCUUUAUAGCCAUUCUGGGAAUUGUGGCGACAACAUUUGUAAUUGUCACCUUUGUGCGAUACAACGAUACACCUAUUGUUAGAGCAUCUGGCCGUGAGCUCAGCUACGUGCUGUUGACAGGGAUUUUUUUGUGCUAUGCCAUUACUUUUUUAAUGAUUGGCACUCCAGACAUGUUUGUUUGCUCACUAAGACGUAUUUUUCUGGGACUUGGCAUGUGCUUCAGUUAUGCUGCAUUACUUACAAAAACGAACAGAAUUCAUCGAAUAUUUGAGCAAGGAAAAAAGUCUGUUACUGCCCCAAAGUUUAUAAGUCCAGCAUCUCAGCUGGUAAUUACAUUUAGUCUUAUAUCUGUUCAGUUGAUUGGAGUCUUCAUAUGGUUUGUUGUAGAUCCUCCUCAUAUUAUAAUAGACUAUGGAGAACAAAGAACACCUGAUCCAAUUAAUGCCAGGGGGGUUCUUAAAUGUGACAUAUCUGAACUCUCUCUUAUUUGCUCUCUUGGAUACAGUAUUCUUUUAAUGGUUACAUGCACUGUUUAUGCCAUUAAAACCAGAGGGGUGCCAGAAACCUUCAAUGAAGCCAAACCUAUUGGAUUUACUAUGUACACCACCUGCAUAAUUUGGUUAGCUUUUAUUCCAAUAUUUUUUGGAACAGCUCAGUCAGCAGAAAGGAUGUAUAUCCAGACAACUACACUGACUAUCUCCAUGAGUUUAAGUGCUUCUGUAUCUCUGGGUAUGCUAUACAUGCCCAAGGUUUACAUUAUAAUUUUGCAUCCAGAGCAGAAUGUUCAAAAACGAAAAAGGAGUUUCAAAGCAGUUGUGACAGCUGCCACCAUGCAAAGCAAGCUGAUCCAAAAGGGAAAUGACAGGCCAAAUGGUGAAGUGAAAACUGAACUCUGUGAAAGCCUUGAAACAAACAGAAGAAGACCAAGCACCCAGAACAAACCCUAUUUUCCUGAUCCCAGUGAUAUCACUGAACAUCUAUGAAUGCUUCAUCAUCCAAGACCACAUAUGUCAGUUACAGCAAUCAUGCAAACUGAAAUCUGGUGAUGUUAAGUGGAAAAUAUCAUCCAUGUUCUACAAUCAAAACCAAGAGCAGCAUUUGGAAAAAAAACAAAGUAAACACAAUGGACAUGCUAGAAAUGCCUGGAUUUAUUUUUGGAAUAUAGUGUUGACAUAUUUUAAUGAAAAGCACAUGAAUGAAAAAAGAAAAGAUGUGGAAUUUACUAAGCAAAACCUAUUGUUCAUGUUUGGUGAAAGACAAAAAGAAAAAAAAAACUGUCAUAUGUUACACCAUUAUUGUAAGUUCGUUUUGUGAUUUGUGAGAAUUUCAUUCCUGUCCUAUAUUGUUCUGUCUGUACAGGAGAUGAGUUUGUGCAUUGUAAUGGCUGAUUGACAUGAAGCCCUGGGUUGUGUUACAUAAAUGCAAUGGUUUAAGCAUGCACAUUUUUAUACAAAAGAUAUUUCUAAUAAAGGAAUGUUUUGCAAA